AUGAAGCAGCACUUCAGAGCUUUACAUCAACGAAUCACUAAGUUGAAGCAAUCUCAACUUAAUCUUAAUCCGAAGCAUAAUGACUCUGCAAAGAGUGGUGUUAGAGACAGCAAAAUUUUGAUUCAGUGCAACAAGCAAAUCGCGGAGAAUGGACGAAAUGGCAAUGUUAAUGAGGCAGAAUCGAUAUUCCACAAGAUGCCCGUAAAGAACACUGCCUCUUGGACUGCCAUGCUCACUGUCUAUGCCCAAAAUGGCCAAAUAAAAAAUGCUCGUAAAGUGUUCGACCAAAUGCCUCAACGAACCACGGUCUCAUAUAACGCUAUGAUCUCGGCUUAUAUCCGCAAUGGUUGCAAUGUGGACAAAGCUUAUGAGCUGUUUUCAGUGUUGGCCGAACGCAACUUGGUGUCAUAUGCUGCCAUGAUCACGGGUUUUGUAAAGGCAGGGAAGUUCCACAUGGCUGAGGAACUUUACCGUGAGGCCCCACAUGAGUUCCGGGACCCUGCUUGCUCAAAUGCGUUGAUAAAUGGAUAUUUGAAGAUAGGUGAAGUGAAUGAGGCGUUGCAUGUUUUUGAGAAUAUGGCUAAGAGGGAUGUGGUUUCUUGGAGUGCCAUGGUUGAUGGUUUGUGCAGGGAUGGGAGGGUUGCUGCUGCUAGGGAGCUGUUUGACAGGAUGCCUGAGAGGAACGUGGUUUCUUGGAGUGCAAUGAUAGAUGGGUAUAUGGGGGAGGGUUUCUUUCAGGAAGGAUUUUCCUUGUUUAUGGAUAUGAGAAAGGAAGGUCAAGUUGAAGUUAAUUCCACCACAGUGACUAUAAUGUUUAAAGCUUGUGGAAAUUAUUGUAGGAUGCCAGAGGGCAUGCAGAUACAUGGGUUGGUUUCACGCUUGGGAUUUGAAUUGGACAGUGUUUUGAGUAAUUCUGUGAUUACUAUGUAUUGCAUGCUUGGUUGCGUAGACAUGGCUGACAAAGUAUUUUGUAUUGUUAGCAACAAAGAUAUAGUUACUUGGAAUUCUUUAAUUUCUGGAUAUGUUCAUAACAAUGAAGUUGAAGCUGCGUAUAGGGUUUUUGAGAGGAUGCCAGAGAAAAACUUGAUCUCUUGGACAGCAAUGAUCACAGGGUUUACUAAGAGUGAAAGAAUUGGAAAAGCCAUAGAACUUUUUAACAUGUUGGCAGUGAAGGAUGAUUUUGUUUGGACGACUAUUAUAUCUGGGUUUGUAAAUAAUAAGGAGUAUGAGGAAGCUUUGCAUUGGUAUGAUCGGAUGAUUUGGGAAGGAUGCAAACCAAAUCCUUUGACUAUUAGUAGUGUUCUUGCAGCUUCAGCUGCUUUGGUGGCGCUAAAUGAAGGGCUUCAGAUUCAUACCUAUAUUCUGAAAAUGAACCUAGAGUAUAAUUUGUCUAUACAAAACUCUCUUAUAUCAUUUUACUCCAAGUGUGGGAAUGUGAUCGAUGCCCACAAGAUUUUCUUAGAUGUCAUUGAACCAAAUGUCAUCUCUUACAACUCAAUCAUCAAUGGGUUUGGACAAAAUGGUUUUGGUGAAGAGGCUCUCAGUAUCUAUAAAAAAAUGCAGAGUGAAGGCCAUGAACCCAACCAUGUUACAUUCCUUGUUGUGCUUUCAGCCUGUACUCAUGCAGGAUUAGUUGAAGAGGGAUGGAACUUAUUUAACUCCAUGAAAUCAUGUUAUGGAAUUGAGCCAGAAGCUGAUCAUUAUGCUUGCAUUGUCGAUUUACUUGGGCGUGCAGGUUUGCUAGAUGAAGCUAUUGAUUUAAUUCGUUCAAUGCCAUUUAAGCCCCAUUCUGGGGUUUGGGGGGCUAUUCUUGGUGCAAGCAAUACGUACCUCCGUCUUGACCUUGCCAAGCUUGCAGCUCAACACAUUACUGAGCUGGAGCCUAAAAAUGCAACUCCUUAUGUGGUAUUAUCUAACAUGUAUUCUGCUUCCGGGGAAAAGAUUGAUGGUGACUUCUUAAGAAAGACCAAAAAUUUAAAAGGAAUAAAAAAAAGUCCAGGUUGUAGUUGGAUUACAAUGAAAGAUAAGGUUCAUCUGUUUCUUGCAGGGGAUUAA